AUGCACCACGGCCGGCAUCAGCAAGUCUUUCACCUUCUUUCCUAUUCAGUGUCCAUCACCUGCCAUGUCGAGCCCGAGGAUCUUCGCAAGGAGCUGAAUACACAAUUCAAGGAGAAGUUUCCAAGCAUCGAGCUUCCUCUCAGCAAAAUUCAGCGUACCAAACAAGACCUCAUUGAGCUCGGGAGUCAGUGCGCGUUAAACGUCGCGACAAUAGCCAUGACACACCUCCACUUUGAUCGAUUGGUGUUGCAAGAGCUAGUGGACAAAGAAAAUCGCAAGCCAAUUGCUGCGGCGUGUUUGGUUCUCUCUUUUAAGUUUGACGCCAGUUAUAAACCGUCCUCAACCAAGGAGUACUUGAAAGAGCUCUUCAAGGCCAUUGACAACAAAUGGGCCCUUGAUGAGGAAGACAUUUUGCCUUACGAGAUGCCCGUGUACGCGGCGCUGAAGUUUCAGCUACACGUGCCACAAGAACAACUUCUAACCUAUAUUUCGCGUGUAGAGGCGCGCAUGCCCGCCCGACCCGCCUGA